AUGAUUGUCUCCGGUGGCUUAGGCAAAGACACAAUACCAGCUAUUCAUGAUGCGCCCCAACUAAAGUCCAUCUUUAUUAUGUGUCACAAAGUAGCUUUUCACGAACAAUGGGCAAAAGGAUAUCUGAAAGUCAAAGGUGUGUUUAAUAAAAUUGAUGAUUUGUGUCAAGCAGUUCAACAAUCUGUACAACUUCAUGAACCUAGUUCAGCUAGAACGAAAACAGCUAUACCAAAAUCUCCGUCUGCCGUACAUGGUUCACGCACACCGGAGCCAUCACCAUCACGGAGAGCUCAUCAUGAUAGAGUGCCUGCCGGGGAUGAUCAACGGCUAUCAGCGAGCCAUCCACAGGACAAAGAAGAUAAAGAGAUUGUAAGAAGGACUGGAGACGGUGGUCAUGAUUCCUCUGUAGCUAGUUCCGGAAAACCAAAAAUAAGAAAGACACCAAAUCCACAACGGAAGUUACCAUCGGUAUUUGAACAGCUUGAAAAUACUCUAAUUACAACUGCUGAACGAAAACUACGAGAGAGUAUUAUUGAAAAGGAUGAUAUUGCUCAACCAGCAUCGCCUAAUGUUCAGGGAAUAGAUCGAUUACAAGAGACUCUUAUACAAACAAUCGAAAAACAUAUGGCUAAGAAAAAAGAUGAUUCCGUUGAAUUAAACAAAAUGCUCACCGAACUAAAACAAGUAAUAGUUGAUUCUGUUGUGGAACAGCAAUCCUCAUUAUUACGAGAUGUUAUCAAACAAACCGUACUCGAUGCUUUCAUGGAACAACAGAAAUCAACAUUGGACAUUCCUUCUCCAUCGUCUACUGCCACCGAAAUAACGCAUGGGCGAAAACCUACCAUUAUGAUGAGCAAUCGUGAAGUUAAAAUUGUUGCCGAUAGUAAGAAGACACGUAUCGAUGCUCCUUUUCGACAAAAACGUGAUGCUGUCGUUGCCAAUAAGCAAUUACGUAAUGUCGUUCAACAAUGGUCAUCAGUAAAAUCAAUGGCUGAUCUUACUAGCGAAAUCAAAAAAAAUGGAGCAAAUGAUUUAGAACGUGCAUGGUUACUCUUCUGUUGGAUUGCUCUAAAUAUUCAAUAUCAACCAUAUUGUAAUAACAAUGCUGCUGAGACUGUUUUUCGUACAAGACAAGGUGUUUGCCGAGGUUUCGUUAGUCUCUAUCAUGAAUGUUGCUCAUUGUUAGGCAUUGAAUGUGCUGAAAUAGGAGGCUAUUCUAGACAAGCUUUUCUUAAACCAGGUGAAGAACUUAAACAAUCACUUCAUGCUUGGAAUAGCAUUGUACUAGAUCAGUAUACUUAUCUAAUCGAUCCAACAUGGGGUGCAGGUGGCAGAGAUUAUGAUAAAAAACUUGAAGAUUUCUACUUUCUUACAUCACCUGAAGAAUUUAUCUAUACACAUUAUGUCAAUGGAUAUCAAUUACUCGAUCCAGAAAUCACCAAAGAAGAAUUUCUUACCUUGCCUGUAAUGAAAUCAACUUAUUAUAGGUUUGGUUUAACAUUGCUAUCACCUAAACAAGGCUUAAAUGUAACAAAUCAAAAUUUAUUUAAAAUUGCAAUUCAAGCACCAGCACAUAUUGAUCUGUUCGCAGAUGUGAAGGUUGGAGACGUUGAUUAUCCGCGCAGUUUACACACAUUAUGUCAACGAGAUGAAACCAAUAAGGAUGUUUACAAUUGCUUUAUUGCUCCACCUCUUGAUGGUCUUUAUGAAAUAAUUAUCUUUGCAAAAACAAAAAAUGAAACUAUGUAUGUAGAUGCGAUCAAUAUGCGCUUGCGUGUAUCAAAUAUAGAAGAUGCAUUUAUGUUUCCAAUUACAUAUGCAACUUUUACAGAACAUCGUUGCAUAUUGAUCGAGCCUUUUCAACGUCUUGUACAUGAGAAUGAACAAGUAUUGAUUCAUAUGAUAAUACCAAAUGCUAAUGUAAUCAAAAUUCGAAAUGGUGACGAAUAUAUGGUACCUCACAAAGAUGAAUAUAAGAAUGGUAUAUUAAAAAAACAAGUACGCGUUCAGGGUGACCUCCAAGUUUGCGGCCGAUGGGAUGAUAAGGCUGAUUCAAUUUCAAUCCUUUGUAUCUUUAACAUGAUUUGA